UUUGGGGAUCCGAUGCCACGAUCGACAUGCUGUGUCCUGAUUGCUGCGGCUUCUGUGAUGCUUCUUCACACAGCCGAGGCGCUCGCUUGCAACGCUGGGUCGUACUUUGAUGGCGUCAAGUGUUCGCGAUGCCCAGGAGGAAGGUUUGGAGCUGCACCGGGUCUCACCUCGUCGGCAUGCUCUGGUUUGUGUAAUGCGGGCUUCUUCUGCCCGGAAGGGUCAACUUCACCGCAAGAGAAGCCUUGCGGCACCUCCGUCUUCUAUUGCCCCGCUGGCAGCGCCGAGCGGCGCAAGGUAGAUGAAGGAUACUACACGAUCAAAUUCCCAACCGACCAGAGUAAUCUGCCCAUGAUCGACAGCUCGCUCGGCGGUGCUGGACGGCAAAUACGCUGCGAGAAGGGAUACUACUGCGUCUUCGGCAUCCGACGGGUUUGCCCAGCUGGGGUAUAUGGAGAUUCAACGAAAAUGACCUCCCCGACUUGCUCUGCACCUUGCCCGAAAGGUUCGUACUGCCCGGAAGCUACAAACGUGCCGACACUGUGUCCGGCUGGAACGUUCGGAGGUGAAGUCGGUCUGAAGGAUGCUCGCUGCAGCGGUCUCUGUCCGAUCGGGCACUACUGUGAGAUCGGGACUAUUACCCCCGCACCGUGUCCUACAGGCACGUAUGGAGCUGUGCAGGGCCUCGUUAGCUCAGCGUGUUCGAGCGCGUGUACGUUAGUCGGUGGUGUAUUAUCGUGUCUUCCAUCCUCUUGUCCCGCAGGAUACUAUUGCGCUUUGGCGACAACAGUUCCGCUGGAAUGUGGAUCCGUAGGAAUGUUUAGCCCCAAGGGCUCGUCGGCACCGACCGCGGCAACGAUAGGCUACUACACAACUUGGAAAAAAUACUCGGGAACGUCCGUGACCGGGGAACAGCUAGCACUGCAGUACGUCGAAGGCUACAAGCUCGCGAUCCAGAACCAAACGACUCGAUCAGAUCAACGCAUUUGCGAGAAAGGCUCGUACUGUAUUUCUGGCGUGAAAAGGCUUUGUCCGGCUGGAACGUAUGGCAGCAGCGAAGGCUUGUCGACCGCUGCUUGCACUGCACCGUGCCCUGCCGGAUACUAUUGCCCGAAAGGAACAGCAAACUACACGCAAAAUCCCUGCACGUCUCGGACAUCAUUCUGUCGUCAAGGCUCCUCCGUACCAAUUGCUGUCGACACCGGCUACUACACUGUGGCCACGCAAGCAGGACUUCGUACCGACGAGAUCGUUUGCCCCGCUGGAAGCUACUGCAUCGGUGGUGUUCAAUAUCUUUGCCCUGAACGAACGUACGGGGCCACCAUCGGUCUUGCGUCGACAGCUUGUUCUGGUAAAUGCCAAGCCGGGUACUUGUGUCCGCGAAACUCGACGUCCGCAACGGAGACAUCGUGUCCGGUUGGAAGCUACUGCAUUGGUGGCAUACAGUACCUCUGUCCUGAAGGAACGUUUGGGGCCACAACCGCUCUCGCUUCGAAAGCUUGCUCUGGCAAAUGCCAAGACGGAUAUGACUGCCCUCGAGGCUCUACGUCUCCCACACCGGCAUUGUGUCCCGCUGGAUCGUAUUCAUGGAAUGGCAGCUUGUGUGUACCAUGCUACCCUGGCUACUGGUGUGAUGUCGCCCUUUGCAGUGUAGCCAACAGUUUCUGCUCGCUAUUACCAUCAGCAGCCCAGCAAUUGCAGUAG